GGCUCCGCUCGCGGCUGGGGAGGCACCGGGGAGGAGGAACAGGCUGCGGAGCUGGGGCGUUAGCUGCGUCCCGGGUUGGAUCCCGCGAAGAGGACUAGGACCAAGGCGCCGCCGUGGCCGGGGCCGCAGCACUCUGGGCGCGACAAGGCAUGAGCCACCCGGAGAUCGCCAGCCACCGCUGAAUCCAACCUGGACACAGCUCGCCGCGCCCCAGCACCCUCUCUUGCGGACACGGUCGCCCCCAGAGAAACAUGAUUCCAGUGACAGAGUUCCGGCAGUUCUCGGAGCAGCAGCCCGCCUUCCGGGUGCUGAAGCCAUGGUGGGAUGUGUUCACGGACUACCUCUCAGUGGCCAUGCUGAUGAUCGGGGUGUUUGGAUGUACUUUACAGGUCAUGCAAGACAAGAUCAUCUGCCUUCCGAAGAGAGUGCAGCCUGUUCAGAACCACUCUUCUGUUUCCAAUGUCUCUCAGGCAGUCAUCAGUACCACCCCGCUGCCUCCACCUAAGCCCUCUCCAACCAACCCCACCACCGUGGAGAUGAAAGGGCUGAAGACAGACCUGGACCUUCAGCAGUACAGCUUCAUCAACCAGAUAUGUUACGAGCGAGCCCUCCACUGGUAUGCCAAGUACUUCCCCUACCUCGUGCUCAUCCACACCCUGGUCUUCAUGCUCUGCAGCAACUUUUGGUUCAAAUUCCCUGGUUCCAGUUCCAAGAUAGAACACUUCAUCUCCAUCCUGGGGAAGUGCUUUGACUCCCCGUGGACCACGCGUGCUCUCUCUGAAGUGUCUGGAGAGGACUCAGAAGAGAAAGACAACAGAAAGAACAACCUGAACAAGACCAACACUAUCCAGCCUGGUCCUGAAGGCAACCUGGCCAACGCCCAGUCUCUCAAGUCGAUUCCUGAGAAGUUUGUGGUUGACAAAUCUACUGCAGGGGCUCUGGACAAGAAGGAAGGUGAGCAAGCAAAGGCCCUGUUUGAGAAGGUGAAGAAGUUCAGACUGCACGUAGAAGAAGGUGACAUCCUAUACGCUAUGUACGUCCGGCAGACGGUGCUCAAGGUUAUCAAGUUCCUAAUCAUCAUUGUGUACAACAGCGCUCUGGUUUCCGAGGUCCAGUUUACGGUGGACUGUAACGUGGACAUCCAGGACAUGACAGGAUAUAAAAACUUCUCUUGCAAUCACACCAUGGCUCAUCUGUUCUCUAAACUCUCUUUCUGUUACCUGUGCUUUGUAAGCAUCUACGGCUUGACGUGCCUUUACACCUUAUACUGGCUGUUCUACCGUUCUCUGAGGGAAUAUUCUUUUGAGUAUGUCCGGCAGGAGACUGGAAUUGAUGACAUUCCAGAUGUGAAAAAUGACUUUGCUUUUAUGCUCCAUAUGAUAGACCAGUAUGACCCUCUCUAUUCCAAGAGGUUUGCGGUGUUCCUGUCUGAAGUCAGCGAGAACAAAUUAAAGCAGCUCAAUUUAAAUAACGAGUGGACCCCUGACAAACUGAGGCAGAAGCUGCAGACCAAUGCCCAUAACCGCCUGGAACUGCCUCUGAUCAUGCUGUCCGGCCUUCCAGACACCGUGUUUGAAAUCACGGAGUUGCAGUCUCUGAAGCUGGAGAUCAUUAAGAAUGUCAUGAUACCUGCCACCAUUGCCCAGCUGGACAACCUUCAGGAGCUCUCUCUACACCAGUGCUCCGUCAAAAUCCAUAGUGCGGCACUCUCUUUCCUGAAGGAGAACCUCAAGGUCUUGAGUGUCAAGUUUGACGACAUGCGGGAGCUGCCCCCUUGGAUGUACGGUCUCCGCAAUCUGGAAGAGCUCUAUUUGGUCGGUUCUCUGAGUCACGACAUCUCCAAAAAUGUCACCCUAGAGUCCCUGCGGGAUCUCAAAAGCCUUAAAACCCUCUCCAUCAAAAGCAACCUCUCCAAAAUCCCUCAGGCCGUGGUGGACGUGUCCAGCCACCUCCAGAAAAUGUGCAUCCACAACGACGGCACCAAACUGGUGAUGUUGAACAACCUGAAGAAGAUGACCAACCUGACAGAGCUGGAGCUGGUGCACUGUGAUCUGGAGCGCAUUCCCCACGCUGUGUUCAGCCUGCUCAGCCUCCAGGAACUGGACCUGAAGGAGAACAACCUGAAGUCGAUAGAAGAGAUCAUGAGCUUCCAGCACUUGAGAAAGCUAACCGUGCUCAAACUGUGGUAUAACAGCAUCACCUACAUUCCAGAGCACAUCAAAAAACUGACCAGCCUGGAAAGACUGUUUUUCAGUCACAAUAAGGUAGAGGUGUUGCCUUCGCACCUCUUCCUAUGCAACAAAAUCCGAUACCUGGACUUGUCCUAUAAUGACAUUCGCUUCAUCCCACCCGAAAUCGGAGUUCUGCAAAGUUUACAUUAUUUUUCCAUCACUUGUAACAAGGUCGAAAGCCUUCCAGAUGAACUCUAUUUUUGCAAGAAACUAAAAACUUUGAAAAUUGGGAAAAACAGCCUCUCCGUACUUUCACCAAAAAUUGGAAAUUUACUAUUUCUUUCCUACUUAGACAUCAAAGGUAAUCACUUUGAAGUCCUUCCCCCUGAGUUGGGCGAUUGUCGGGCUCUGAAGCGAGCUGGGUUGGUCGUAGAAGACACUCUGUUUGAGACUCUGCCCUCAGAUGUCCGGGAGCAAAUGAAAGCAGAGUAACUUAUUUUUCAUCAAAACACGACUGAAACACGCUUCUACCAAAUACAAUAUAAAGAAUUAGGUAGUCUUAAUGCCUUUCCUAUUUUAUUUUUGGUUUUUUUUUUUGGGGGGGGUGUUUGUUUUUGUUUUUCACACAAGACAAAAUGUACACAAAGAUUGAGUAAGGAGUAUGUAUUUUUUAAUAAAAAUUUAAUUGUAUUUUUCAA